AAUAUAAUUUUUUCCCUAUUAGAGUGGUAAAAGUGGAAGGACUAUGCCAAACAUUCUUGAUGACAUAAUUGCUUCAGUUGUUGAAAACAAAAUUCCACCAAAUAAAGCCUCUAAGAUAAAUGUAAAACCAGAGCUUAAAGAAGAGCCUAAAGAAAGCAGAAAAUCUGCCGUGGAUGAAAACAAUAAGUUGUACAGUGAUAUACCACAUUCCUGGAUCUGUGAGAAGCAUAUUCUGUGGCUUAAGGAUUAUAAAAAUGUCAAUAAUUGGAAGCUUUUCAAAGAGUGUUGGAAACACGGACAACCUGCAGUGAUUUCUGGUGUGCAUAAGAAAAUGAACAUUAGCUUGUGGAAGGCAGACUCAAUUAGUCUUGAUUUUGGAGACCAUCAAGCUGAUCUCCUGAACUGCAAAGACAGCAUUAUUUCAAAUGGCAAUGUUAAGGAAUUCUGGAAUGGUUUUGAAGAAGUUUCAAAACGGCAAAAAACAAAAAGUGGAGAAACAGUUGUUUUAAAAUUGAAAGACUGCCCUUCAGGAGAAGACUUCAAAACUAUGAUGCCAACAAGGUAUGAAGAGCUUUUAAAAAGCCUACCAUUGCCAGAAUAUUGUAAUCCAGAAGGAAAAUUCAAUUUGGCCUCUCAUUUGCCAGGAUUUUUUGUACGCCCUGACUUAGGACCCAGGUUGUGCAGUGCUUAUGGUGUAGCUGCUACUAAAGAUCAUGAUAUAGGAACAACAAAUCUACAUGUUGAAGUUUCUGAUGUUGUAAAUAUUCUAGUCUAUGUUGGCAUAGCAAAAGGAAAUGGCAUUCUUUCAAAAGCAGGAAUACUUAAGAAGUUUGAGGAAGAAGAUCUGGAUGACAUUUUAAGAAAACGACUGAAGGACUCAAGUGAGAUACCUGGUGCUCUGUGGCAUAUUUAUGCUGGGAAAGACAUGGACAAGAUAAGGGAAUUUCUUCAGAAGAUUUCAAAAGAACAAGGCCUUGAAGUUCUACCAGAACAUGAUCCAAUACGUGACCAAAGUUGGUAUGUAAACAGAAAGCUUCGCCAAAGAUUGCUUGAGGAAUAUGGAGUCAGAACCUGCACUCUUAUUCAGUUCCUUGGUGAUGCCAUUGUCUUACCAGCAGGAGCACUUCAUCAGGUACAGAAUUUUCACAGCUGUAUUCAGGUGACUGAAGACUUUGUGUCUCCAGAACAUCUUGUACAGUCAUUUCAUUUAACACAGGAACUGAGACUUUUGAAGGAAGAAAUCAAUUAUGAUGAUAAACUACAGGUUAAAAAUAUCUUAUAUCAUGCAGUGAAGGAAAUGGUAAGAGCUUUGAAGAUACAUGAAGAUGAAGUAGAGGAUAUGGAAGAAAAUUAGGUGUGGUCCAGUUUGAUGUUUAUAGCCAUUGAACUGGAAUUAGUUACUCUUGAAUAGUGAUACUUAUGCACACUGACUUAAGCUUCAUAAAACCAUCAGUGCCAAGAAAUUCUCUUUGUAGUAAUUACUUGUUACUGACACCAUGGCAGUAUAGCAUAAGUCACAGCUCCUGUGACUCAAUGUUAGUUAUUAAAAACAAGCUAAAUUUUAAAAGCAGCAGUUCAUAGCUGUUUUUGUAUUAUAGUGUAUAUGAUGUUUGUGAAAAUGCCAGAUUUAAAAUGAUGUAUUUAUUUUUGGAAAAAAAAUACAAAAUUCUAUGCUAUAUUGUUGAUCAAGUGUAAAUGUGACCUUGUACAGUUUACUAAAAUAACUGAUAUUUUUCACUACAUUGAGACAGUUACUGUGAGAAUAGGACACAAACACCAGCUAUUGCCUGCAUUUGGGAAAUUGCUGAAUCGCACAGCAUACAUGUCGUAAUCAGAAAAUUACUGCCAAAUAAUUGUAAAAUUUGUAAAAUAUAAAGUAUAUAAAGUAGAUACUAAAUGCAGACACUUCAAUAUUUUGUUGAAGCUAUUGACUGUACAAUUAAACAUUUUCAAAAGGUGUAAUUUAUUUAAAAUUGUCUCAUUUUGGUAAAAUUUAUGUGAACUUUUAAAGCUAAAUAUUAAACUUAAUAUGCUAUGUAAAUAUAUACAUAUAUACAUUUAAUGAUGUAUUUUUUUAAAACAUUGGCUUGCUUCUAUUUGUUAAAGUGCAAGUGUUACAUAUGGCUUUGUAAAGUUGAGAGGGGUUUUACAUUUUCCAUUAAAAGGACUUUAUCAAAAA